AUGAGCAUUAAAAGUGUUUGUGUAUAUUGUGGGUCUUCUUCUGGUACAAACAGAGUGUUUACAGAAAAGGCAAAGGAGUUGGGACAAUUAUUCUACCAAAAUGGUUGGCAAUUGGUUUAUGGUGGUGGUACUACUGGUUUGAUGGGUACUGUUGCUCGGGCUGCCAUAGGUCCGAACAAUGACGGGAAAGUUCAUGGAAUAAUUCCAGAUGCUUUAGUUUCAAAAGAAAGAAAUGAGGAUUCAAAUACAAAACAGUAUGACAGUAACAUGAAUAGUAGUAAUGGGCAUUCUGCAAAAACAGAAAUAACAAGAAUAGAAGAUCAUUCUGGCACUACCAAGAUUUCAAAAGAAUAUGGGAAGACUACUAUUGUUCCAGAUAUGCAUACUAGAAAAAGGUUAAUGGCUAAAGAAAGUGAUGCCUUUGUGGCUAUGCCGGGUGGUUUUGGUACAAUAGAAGAGAUUAUGGAAUGUAUCACAUGGUCACAAUUAGGAAUUCAUAACAAACCUAUCGUUUUAUUUAAUAUCGAUGGCUAUUAUGAUAAAUUGCUGGACUUCCUUCAUGAGUCAAUUAACAAUGGAUUCGUUAGUCAAAGAAAUGGCAUAAUUUUACAAGUAGCUACUACUCCACAAGAAGUAAUACAUAAAAUUAAUAAUUACGUAGCACCCGAUGGGAGAUUUAAUCUUGAUUGGAAUGAUGAAUGUGAUAACAAAUAA